AUGGAUGAAUCUCCAUCAUCUCUAAAAAGAAAACAACCGGAAGAUAAUUCAGAAGGUGGACAGGAUGUGCCCAAACAAAAAUCUGCCUCCAAGAGGAGUAAUUUAACCCGGACAUGUGUGCAUGAGGUGGCAGUUCCAAGCGGGUAUACUUCAAGCAAUGAUGAAUCCAUUCAUGGAACCCUUUCGGAUCCGUUUUAUAGCGGGGAAAUGGCCAAGAUCUACGAAUUUAAGCUUGAUCCUUUUCAGAAGGUUUCAGUGUCUUGUUUGGAGAGGAAGGAGUCAAUUUUGGUGUCGGCACACACUUCCGCAGGGAAAACUGCAGUUGCCGAGUAUGCCAUUGCCAUGGCUUUUAGGGACAAGCAGAGGGUUAUAUAUACUUCUCCAUUAAAAGCUUUGAGCAAUCAGAAGUACCGGGAGCUGAGUCAGGAGUUUUCAGAUGUGGGCUUGAUGACGGGUGAUGUGACACUUUCUCCUAAUGCAAGUUGUUUGGUGAUGACUACCGAGAUCCUAAGAGGGAUGCUUUAUAGAGGUUCUGAGGUGCUGAAGGAGGUCGCUUGGGUCAUAUUUGAUGAGAUACAUUACAUGAAGGAUCGUGAAAGAGGUGUUGUUUGGGAAGAAAGUAUUAUUUUCUUGCCUCCCGCCAUUAAGAUGGUUUUCCUUUCGGCAACAAUGUCCAACGCAACUCAGUUUGCUGAGUGGAUAUGUAAUAUACACAAGCAGCCGUGCCAUGUCGCCUAUACAGAUUUUAGGCCCACCCCGCUGCAACAUUAUGUGUUCCCAAUGGGAGGUUCCGGAUUAUAUCUUGUAGUUGAUGAGAAUGAGCAGUUUAAAGAGGAUAACUUUUUGAAGCUUCAAGAUACAUUCGCGAAGCAAAAUUUCUCCGAUGGAAAGAAGAAUGCAAAUGCCAAGGCUAGUGGCAGAAUUGCUAAAGGUGGAAAUGCUUCUGCUGGUUCUGACAUAUACAAAAUCGUCAAGAUGAUAAUGGAGCGAAAAUUUCAACCUGUCAUAAUUUUUAGUUUCAGCAGAAGAGAGUGUGAACAACAUGCCAUGUCUAUGUCCAAGCUUGAUUUUAAUACACAAGAGGAGAAAAAUGUGGUGGAGCAAGUGUUUAGAAAUGCAAUACAAUGUUUGAAUGAGGAGGAUAGGAAUCUGCCUGCAAUUGAAUUAAUGUUGCCGUUGCUUCAGAGAGGGAUUGCUGUCCAUCAUUCAGGCCUGCUCCCCAUUAUCAAGGAACUCGUGGAACUUCUUUUCCAAGAAGGACUAGUUAAGGCUCUUUUUGCCACAGAGACGUUCGCCAUGGGGUUGAAUAUGCCUGCAAAAACUGUUGUUUUCACAAGUGUCAAAAAAUGGGAUGGUGAUAGUCAUCGUUAUAUUGGAUCUGGUGAGUACAUCCAGAUGAGUGGUAGAGCUGGGCGUCGUGGUAAAGAUGAGCGGGGUAUUUGUAUUAUAAUGGUUGACGAUAAAAUGGAGAUGAAUACCCUUAAGGACAUGGUUUUGGGCAGACCUGCACCAUUGCUCAGUACUUUCAGGUUGAGCUACUACUCAAUUCUGAAUUUAAUGAGUCGUGCCGAGGGACAAUUUACAGCUGAGCAUGUCAUUAGAAAUUCCUUCCAUCAAUUUCAGCAUGAGAAGACAUUACCUGAGAUUGCAAAAAAGGUGGCACUGCUCGAAGAGGAAGCUGCUGUACUUGAUGCUUCUGGGGAGGCUGAGGUUGCCGAAUACCACAAACUUAAACUUGAGAUUGCUGAACUUGAAAAGAAAGUGAUGGCUGAAAUAACACAGCCUGAAAGAGUUCUCUCAUUCCUUCAACCUGGUAGACUGGUUAAGGUGAGGGAAGGUGGGAUAGACUGGGGUUGGGGAGUUGUAGUAAAUGUGGUAAAGAAAACCCCAGCUGCAUCCAGUUCUUUGCCAGCUGCACUUGCUUCUUCACGAAGUAAUAGCUUUAUCGUGGAUACCCUUCUUCACUGCUCCCUCGGCUCAAUUGAAAACGGCUCUCAACCAAAACCUUGUCCUCCUCGUCCUGGAGAAAAAGGUCAAAUGCAUGUGGUUCCUGUCCAGUUGCCUCUCCUUUCCGCUGUGAGCAAGCUGAGAAUCUCUGUUCCUUCUGAUUUGAGGCCAAUGGAAGCUCGACAAGACGUUCUCACUGGUGUUCAGGAGCUUGAAAAGCGCUUUCCUCUAGGCCUUCCCAAGCUAGACCCUGCGAAGGAUAUGCAAAUUAAUGAUCCAGAACUUGUUGAGAUGGCUACCCAAAUUGAGGGACUUGAACGGAAAUUGUUUUCACAUCCACUGCAUAAGUCUCAAGAUCAGCAUCAGGUUAGCAGUUUCCAGAGGAAGGCAGAAGUCAAUCAUGAAAUUCAACAACUAAAGUCAAAAAUGCGAGACUCGCAGCUACAAAAAUUUCGGGAUGAACUUAAAAAUCGCUCUCGUGUUCUCAAAAGACUUGGUCAUAUUGAUGGUGAUGGCGUUGUUCAGUUGAAAGGACGGGCAGCUUGCCUGAUAGAUACCGGGGAUGAGCUACUUGUCACAGAAUUGAUGUUCAACGGCACCUUCAAUGAUCUUGAUCAUCAUCAAGUUGCAUCUUUGGCGAGUUGCUUUAUUCCUGGAGAUAAAUCGAGCGAACAGAUACAUCUAAGAGCCGAACUUGCUAAACCCCUGCAACAGCUUCAAGACAGUGCUAGACAAAUAGCAGAGAUACAACGGGAGUGUAAACUAGAAAUCAAUGUGGAUGAAUAUGUUGAGGCGUCUGUUAGACCAUUCUUGAUGGAUGUGAUUUACUGUUGGUCAAAGGGAGCAACUUUUGCAGAAGUUAUUCAAAUGACAGAUAUUUUUGAAGGUAGUAUCAUACGAGCCGCGAGAAGGCUCGAUGAAUUUCUAAACCAGUUGAAAGGUGCUGCGCAUGCGGUUGGGGAAGUUGGUUUGGAGGAAAAGUUUGCUGCGGCGAGUGAAAGCCUUCGUCGAGGUAUAAUGUUUGCAAAUUCGUUAUAUCUGUGA